CGGUGUUAUCACAGACCUGUCGGCCGCAGGCGGUGGAGACCAGAUUUCCUCCUCAGCCCCUGUGGUUUAGGGUGCCGCCGUCUGCCACUGCCAUGGCUCGGUACAAGGGAGCCGCUAGUGAGGCGGGCCGCGCCAUGCAUCUCAUGAAGAAGCGGGAGAAGCAGCGGGCGCAAAUGGAGCAGAUGAAGCAGAGGAUCACUGAGGAGAACAUCACGAAGUCAAACAUUGACAAGAAAUUCUCAGCUCAUUAUGACGCAGUAGAGGCUGAGCUCAAGUCCAGCACUGUGGGUCUUGUAACCCUGAAUGACAUGAAGGCCAAGCAGGAAGCGCUGGUGAGGGAGCGGGAAAAGCAGCUGGCUAAAAAGGAACAGUCCAAAGAACUUCAGCUAAAGCUAGAGAAACUUCGAGAAAAGGAGCGCAAGAAGGAAGAGAAGCGGAAGAUCUCUAGCCUCUCCUUCACCUUGGAUGAGGAAGAGGAGCCUGAGGAAGAUAUGGAGGAGGAAGAUGUAGAACGGGAAGGCAAUGUAGACAUGAACAAGAACAAACAUGGUUCCUAUCUUCAGAGAGUUAACAGUCUAAAUGGAAAAGAGAUCCCAUCGAAGAAGAGAAAAUUAGGGAAAAACCCAGAUGUAGACACAAGCUUUCUUCCUGACCGUGACCGAGAGGAAGAAGAAAAUAGACUCCGAGAGGAACUUCGACAGGAAUGGGAGGCCAAGCAGGAGAAGAUCAAGAGUGAGGAAAUUGAAAUCACGUUUAGUUACUGGGAUGGCUCUGGGCACCGAAGGACCGUAAAGAUGAAGAAGGGGAACACGAUGCAACAGUUCCUGCAGAAGACCCUGGAGAUCCUGCGGAAAGACUUCAGUGAGCUGAGGUCUCUUGGGCCCUGGGCCAGAAAAAGGUCAGCAGGAGUGGAGCAGCUCAUGUACAUCAAGGAGGAUUUGAUUAUACCUCAUCAUCACAGCUUCUAUGACUUCAUCGUCACCAAAGCCAGAGGGAAGAGUGGCCCACUCUUUAACUUUGAUGUCCAUGAUGAUGUUCGGCUGCUCAGUGAUGCCACAAUAGAGAAGGAUGAGUCACAUGCAGGAAAGGUGGUGCUAAGGAGUUGGUAUGAAAAGAACAAGCAUAUUUUCCCAGCCAGCCGCUGGGAGCCCUAUGACCCAGAGAAAAAGUGGGACAAGUACACGGUGAGGGGCUAGAAGUUUCGAGCAAGGAUGGAAAGGUGGGGGGAGAUUUGUGCCUUCUGAGGGCAAGUGGGAGCUGCUAAGCAAUGCCCUGUCUCUUAGGCUGGCAUUGCCACCCUGAAGGGCAAUUUGGGGGCUUGGAGGAGGUAUUGGGCAAGACCCAGGUGGCAGCUACUAGGCACAAGACCCUUUCAACCCCAACCACAGCCAUUUCUAGCCCUCCUGGUGGCUUAUCCCAUCUCUGGACAUAUGCCUAUACAUUGCUCCCCACCCCCAGCCUACACUCAUCCUCCACAGCCCCAUAAGAAAACAAGGUGCAAUUUUGAGGUCUGAAUUAUAUUAAUGAUUUGUUUUUUCUCUUCCCCCACCCCAUUCUUUAACUUGCCUCAUUCUUUCUCUACCUGUCUGUUUCUCCCAUCCCUCUGUUUCACCACCCUCCUGCCUAAACCUAACAAAGAUCCGAUGAGCACCUGUAAGAGACAGCAUGUGAUCUUUUUCACCUCACCUCUCCUCCAUUCCUACCCACCCACUCUUUCUCAUUUGUUAAGCCUGACAGAGAAAAUUAGUAGCUGCCUCCAGACAUCCUUCCUUUCCCCCUCACUCCUUCCCUCCCCUCUUGUGGGGCUUCACCCUUCCCACUGGUUUUCUAGAUGUAUCUGGGUCCCCUAGGUCCACACAUCCAACUGGGAAUCAGAUUCUGGGACUGGCACAGACUGGGUGGGGCUGUGGCAGAAUUGGUCCCUGGAUUUCUACUUCCUAAUUUGACUGUUAUUUACAUGUUUCUUAUUUUAGAAUAAAUAAACUUUUGUGUGAGAACUGGAA